CCCUAUCUUCCUGCUUUCAGGACGCAGUCAACUCAGCGAUUACUUGGACAUAUCCCCGCUCGACGCCCGAACAUUCUUGGUCGCCUGCUUUUCCUUCCCCUCGCCGCCCCUGCGCCCGCUCAAGAUGGAGUCGGAGCGUACCGUCAGCCAUUCCGAAGCGUUGCUGGCAUGGGUUAACAGCUUCGAUCUCGUGGGUGAACCAAAGCAAAUAGCCGAAUUAUCAGAUGGAAGGAUAAUCUGGGAUAUUCUACACGACAUUGACCCAGAACGCUUCCCCGACGUCACGGAUCCUAAGAAGUCCAACUUGGAGAACCUGGUCACGAUACACGGACGACUACAAUAUAACAUUCUGGAUUUACGAAAGUCGGAGGGCUGGCCCCGAGGGCUGGAUCCAGAACCAAAUCUGAUUGAGUUCGCCGAAAACAACUCGGCUAGGGACGCGGAGAAGCUGCUGAAGCUUGUCUUCUUCGCUGCCACAAUCACCGCCAAGGGAAACACUGCGAGUUACGAGACAUACGGCGAUGCCAUUCAGAAACUUGAUAGUCCGAUUCAGGAGAGUCUCCAGGAUUUUCUUGAAAAUGUGGAGGAAGGCCAGUACGAGCUGGACGACUUGGCGCGUGAAUCACGGGAAUCGCAGCUGGUGAAGACGAUCGAGGAACUUAAGCAGGAAAAUACCGUGCUCCGUGAGAAAUACGUAAAGACGGAACAGCGCGUGCUUGAGUUAGAAUAUGCUGAGGAAAACUACAAGUCGGAACUGGAGUUCAUGAAAGAGCGCAUCGAGGUUUUGAAAUCUGGCAAGGGCGAGUUUGGGUUUAGCAAACGAGACCUCGACCAGAAGACCGAGGAGAUUGCAGCACUUGAGGAGCAGCUCUUCAUAGCUUCGGAACAGAACGGCAAGCUAUCGAGCCGAAUUGAUGAACUACUCCGCGAGGCAAAGGAUUAUCAAGCUGUGCGCGAUAAGCUUGACAUCGAGAAGAAUAACUAUGCCAAUGCGAAUCGCAAUGCUAAAUUUGCGGCCGAGCAGAAAUCGAAGGAAAUCGAGAUGUUGCAGACUAAGAACCAAAACCUUGAGGCUGAGAAAAAGGAGCUCAAGAAGCAAGUGUUGGAGUACGAUGUGCAAGUACAGAGACUCAAUGACCAAUUAAGGGAGAGCAAUAAUGCCCUUGCUCGAUCCGAACGAGAGGCCCGCGAGAUGUCCAUCACAAAGGGCAACGUCGACCUGGAUAACGAAGAGCUCCGGAGGAGACUGGAGGGUGCUGAAAAAGAGAUUCAUGAUUUGAAGGGGAGGAUUGGUGAGCUGGAAGGAAUAGACGACGAAUACUCGGGUACUCCUCGUAGCCGGACUCCUACAACGGGUGUGUUGACACCGGGUAUUCAAGGAAACCUACAAAAGGAUUUGGAAGCUGCUGGGUUUGAGGAAUCCACACUGUCUAUUGGCGAGGAAGAGCAUACAGAUUUCACCAGCAGGGUUGAGGAAGGCCCAGGGGAAGAACUGAACAAGGAAAACGACGAGCAGCAGCUGGCGAUGAAGGAAGAAGACAAGGCUAAACUUCUCCAAGAGAUGCUCAAACCGCUCGAAGAGGCAAAGGAACAGCUCGCGCAGUUCAUCUCUCAACAGACAGGUGCAGGGUCAGAGGCCAUCCAGCAGUCUCUUGAAGAGCUCACAAAGCAGAUUUCAGACUUAAUCGAGAAGGACCAUGAAAGACUAGCUCAGCGUGCACAGUACAUCCACCAACAAAACGAACAAAUCAAAGUAUUGCGAGAACGAAUCAGUGAGCUCGAGACGGUUGUUGAAGAAGCCAACGCUGCUGAACGUGAGGAAGACACCGUCAGCAAAGAGCGCGAGCGCGCCCUCGAGAAACAGCUCGAUGCCCUAACCCGGGAACUCGCCCUCAUGAGUUCAGCCUGGUACGAGCUACAAAGCAAGCUACAUAGCACGAAUAAUGUUCCUACCUCGCGGUAUCGCCAUGGCUCCGCCGGACUAGUGGACGCUCAGAAGAGUUGGCUUGCUAGACAAAGAAGUGCCGUUGCUGGUCCAUGAUAGCUCCUGCAGCCCCUCUCUUCUUUGCCUUCAUACUUUACCUUUGCCUGCUGUGUAACAUACAUACCCCCGUGUUUUGCGUAUUCUGGCGCUGUCACUUUUGAUAGCGCGAUUCUUUCCAUUACCGGUACAUAGGUCGCCCAUAAACGGAUAUACCAUAGUGUGAAUAGAAUAUAGAGGAUAUUGUUU